GUACACACGUUACGAACUAGAUGAACGGUUAUCGCCUGUUCAGUUUAGUGAGUCGUUCGAUUGAACUUAUUCCGAACGAUUCGAUACAACGUGUGCAGAAAAAUAUCGCACCGCACUUCCCCCCAAUUAACACACAUUCAGCUCACUCCCGCAGGAAGAAACCACAGCACAAGCCAAGAUGUUCAUUUGGGACUGGUUCACGGGUGUUCUGGGAUACUUAGGUCUAUGGAAAAAGUCCGGCAAACUAUUGUUCCUUGGCUUGGAUAAUGCUGGUAAGACCACAUUAUUGCAUAUGCUCAAAGAUGAUAAGCUGGCGCAGCAUGUGCCAACACUGCAUCCAACAUCCGAGGAGCUGUCCAUAGGGAAUAUGCGUUUCACUACAUUCGAUUUGGGUGGCCAUACUCAAGCGCGUCGUGUAUGGAAGGAUUACUUUCCAGCCGUGGAUGCCAUCGUAUUCUUGAUAGAUGCGUGGGAUCGCGGUCGCUUCCAGGAGAGCAAAAACGAACUGGAUUCGCUGCUCACAGAUGAGGCGCUGUCCAACUGCCCGGUGCUCAUAUUGGGCAACAAAAUUGAUAAGCCUGGCGCGGCCAGCGAGGACGAGCUGAGAAAUGUGUUUGGACUGUAUCAGUUAACGACCGGCAAGGGCAAAGUUGCACGCUCCGAGUUGCCUGGUCGCCCGUUGGAAUUAUUCAUGUGCUCUGUGCUGAAGCGACAGGGCUAUGGCGAGGGUUUCCGUUGGUUAGCGCAGUAUAUUGAUUAAGUCUUGAUUAACAUAAACAAACAAUAACACACUGAAUUCAACAACAACAACAACCACAACCAAUCAAACAACAAAACACAAACAGAGAACUUGGCUAGCAAAACAUCAAUUAAAUUCAGAAUGGACAAAAACCAGAAACAGUAAGCAAUUCGAAGCUGCAAGCGCAAUAUUCAAUUUUUACA